UGAAACUGAAUGAUGUUCAGCAUUCACCGUUGUGCUGCUUCUGACAAGAACAUUAGAUCCUUCACAAGGCCCUGCAGAUGCUGCAGAGUCGACUGAAGCUCCUGUCAGGAGACACAGAGCUCAGUGUGGAGCAGAAGAUAGCUGAAGUUCAGGAGACUGUCAGAAAAGCCCAGCUCAGUAAGGUGAAGGCCGAGGCUCGCCUGGCUCUGCUGUCUCAGAGUGUCUCAGGAAGUCAACAGUGGCUCCACAACGCCAUGCAGCAGGUGGAGGGGGAGCUGGACAGGGAAGAGGGCCUCAGCCAGCAGAGGAUGUCCACAGAAGACUUUUCAGAAGAAGAGUUUGAGUUGACUCAUUUAGAUGAGGAUGUGAAUAAAGACAUUUUUGCAGAUUCUGUGUCGGCCUCUGGAGUCUGUGUUUUCCCUGCAGCCUGCAGAGUUAUCUACAACUAUCAGGCUACCCAAUCAGAUGAGCUGUCAUUGGUUGAGGGGGCGGAGCUUCAUGUGGUUGAAGAUGGAGACUUGGAGGACUGGUUGAAGGUGGGGCACCUUCCUGAGGGGUACGUACAGUUCCUGGGUCUCCCAGUAGAGGACACACCUCAGCUGGACAGCUCGUCCAGCUCCACUUCCUCCAAGGGGAACAAAGUCCACAGCCGAGGUGUUGUCAGAGCUUUGGACUCUUACCAAGCUCAGAGCGCAUCAGAGCUUUCCUUCCAGGAGGGGGUGCUAAUCCACCUUAUCUGCUGUCCACACAGUGAGGUGGAUGACGGUUUUUGGGAAGGAGAGCUGGAUGGACGAAUUGGUCUCUUUCCAUCUUCGCUGGUUGAGCUCCUCCAUGAUGAAGAGGAGGAGGAGGAGACUCCAACUACCUUCUCAGAUCCAGACGCAGUCCUAGACCCAGUCCCAGAACCAGUCCCAGACCCAUCAGUCUCUGAUGGUAGCUCAACAGGUAGUCCUGCUCCCUCUAGUUGUCUGGAGGAUAAUCAGCAGUUUGUUCUGAUGGAAUCAACAAAAUCUGCAGAGGCUGAAGCCAGUGACCUCGCUCCUGCAGAGUUCCCCAGUACCAGUACUCGAAUAAGACCAUGUCGAGCGCCCCCUCCUCCUCCGACUCACAGGCUGUAAACUUCACAGAAUGGCAGACAAACCAGUGUUUGCUUUUUAACCAGAGGAACUUUCCUCAGAGUCAGAACAUGUCAUAGUGUUGAAAGAACAUGUUGGUGUGUAAAAGUUAUCCUACAGAUAAAUCAAACAGAAAUCUACAGGCUGUCAAGCUUUGUUUCAUGACAUAAAAUAGUCAACAUUUUUAUUAAACCAAGAGUUUGUGACCUCUCCAUCAGAACAUCUGUCUCUUCAGCCCAGAUGUUUUUCACAUCGGCAACUUUAUUUAAAUACAACUUCUAGUGAAACACAUGCAGCAACAGUACAGUCUGUAUGACUUGUAUGUUUUUUACAUUUUACCAAAAACAAGUGUUCUCAUAAGUUCAGUUAUUCUGUAGUUGUUCAUGUGAGUCAUUUGAACCUGGAACAUUAUGUUGUUUGGUUGGGUUCCAUCCUGUUCAUUAGUAAAAUCAAAACAAACACUAAAACUAAACUUUGUUUCAUUAUAAAAACCUACUGAUAGACCUACUGAUACGUAGACCUGUGGAGAAAUAAACUGGUGGAUUGUUCAGAGAACCUGUGACAUCUUUUCUUCCUGAGAUAAAACCAGUCCAGAUGACUGCAUCAGACGAGUGUUUCUGCAUGUUCAUCAGCUUUACAGACUAAACAGAAAACAUUUGAGUGUAUUUUAAAUAUAGUGAUUUCACUCUCAAAUAUAAAAGGGGCAACAGAAUUCAAUAGUUUUAACUUCACAGCCACAUUCUUGGAUAUAAUUUGUCAUCUGAAGACACCCCUAUACAAGCGGUGCGAGAGAGCUCACUGCUCCUCCACAUCGAGAGGAGCCAGUUGAGAUGGUUCGGGCAUCUGGUAAGGAUGCCUCCUUCAGGCAUUUCCAACUGGGAGGAGACCCAGAGGAAGACCCAGGACAUGCUGGAGAGACUAUGUCUUUCGGCUGACCUGGGACGCCUUGUAGUCCUCCCAGAAGAGCUGGAAGAGGUGGCUGGGGAUAGAGAGGUCUGAGCUGCCCUGCUUAAGCUGCUGCCCCCACGACCUGACUUCAGAUAAAGCUAAAGAUAAUGGAUGGAUGGAUGUGAAGACAGACCAGCAGCUUUAGUCCUAAAAUAAAUAUAUGACAGAGUCUCUACAUAGAAUACAUCUAUAGUUUGAUUUUUUUUGACAGAAUAAAACCAUCCGAUUAAAUACUUUAUUUCAUCAUUCAUCUCUAUAUGAUUAUAUUUAACACCAUGUUACAUCAGGGAGGUUUAUUGCAGUGACGAAAGAGUUGGACCAGUUGGAUCAGAACGUCUGAACCAUGAAGAGACCGAGUCAAACUCCUGGGUUUCCACUUCAUCCAUGAUGUUUCACCUCAGGAGGAAGUUACAAGUUCAUGGAAACAUGGAGAAAGACCUCCUGGUCUGGUUCCCAUCAAGACCAGGAAAUAAGACUGAGCUCUGACCCCAGAACUCUGAACUCUCCCAGUUCUGACCCAGUCUACUGCGGCCCAGAGGAACAGAUGCACCCGGGCCCAGAGCCAGAACGUCCGGAUCUAAAUAAAUCCUCCUGCUUACGUCACAAACAACAUGCAAAUCCUACAGUCAGUUUUCUGUCAUUUAUCAGCUAAAUAUUCUGUCUGAAACAAAGCAGAUCUGUUGUUCGUUUCAACUUUUGUUCUGAAUCAGAAAUUAGAGCUGGAAAUUAAUCUAAAGUUCAGAAAAAAUAAAAUUUACGCUAAUCUGAAGGAGUACCUUUUUCCUCUCAUUUGAGUUGUUUUACACAGUUAGUUUUUCUGAACAUGUUUAGAGUUAAAUUUUCUGCUUUUCUUUCAGAAUUUAAACACAUUAAAAGAGCUUUAAAACAUUAUUCUUUCCUGUUGUUGCAGCAGCAAGUGACUUCAUUUUACCUGAACAUUUAAAGUGACUGACAGUUUCCUGUGGUGUCACUGACUGCAAAAGUUUUCACCCCCUCUUAGUGUAUUUUCAGUUUUGUUGUCUUACAACCUCAGAUUUAACUGGAUUUUUUUUAUUGAUUUAAAACAAUAUUUGUAAGAUAAAUGAGGAAUAUUUGUUCAUGUCAUUCAAAUAUCUCUAGUUAGAACUACCACCAAGCAAGAGACAUCAUGAAGACCAAGGAUCGAUCCGCACAGGAUAGAGAUCAGAUAUUGGUUGGGUUCCACAGAGCUCCACUAAAUCUAUUCUGAGGAAAUGGAAAGAUGAUGUCACCACAUCAAACCUGCCAGGAGAGGGUGGACCACCUUCUGGUCAACUACUAACCCACCCUGUGCGUUAGUAGAGCAUUGUAAGGGGUACCCUACUGUAGGGGGUACCAUGCUGAUUUAAACAUUGUAAGGGGUGCCCUUCUGUAGGGGGUACCCUGCUGAUUUAAAGCAUUGUAAGGGGUACCCUACUGAAGGGGGUACCCUGCUGAUUUAAAGCAUUGUAAGGGGUACUCUACU